AUGCGGGAGUUCCUAAAGAAAAAGACAGUAGGAAAGCAGCCCAUUCGUAGUCGUGUUGAAUUAGAUGACGACGACGACAUUGACGACGAUGUUGAUGUGAAUGUUCAAGGAGCAAGGCAAGGGUAUCGCACGACUCAGUUUCUUAUCCUAGCUUGGGCGAAAAUUGAAGAAAUUGGAAAAGAAUACGUGGUUCAUGUAGUAACAGACAAUGGUGCUAAUUUCAAGAAAGCGGGUAAAAUAUUGGAGCAACGCAUACCCACUUUAUAUUGGACUCCUUGUGCAGCUCAUUGCCUUGAUCUUAUGUUGGAAGAUAUCGGUAAAUUGUCUAUUUUCUGGGCAAAGAUUGACAAUGCAAGAAGAGUUACUACUUAUAUCUAUAAGCACGCAAGGCUCCUUAAUGCGAUGCGGGAGAAGACGGACGGCAGUGAUCUUGUAAGACCUGGGCCUACCCGGUUUGCUACUUCAUUUUUUACUUUGCAGAGCUUAUAUAAGCACAUGGAUGCUUUGAGGAGCUUAUUUUUUAGCGAAGAUUGGACUGCAUUGAAAUUGGCUAAUACAAAUGCCGGGAAAUUAGUAGCAAACACGGUAUUGUCUUCUCCUUUUUGGACUGGUGUAGAGUAUUGUAUAAAAGCAUUGCAUCCACUUCUAACUAUUUUGAGGAUCGUUGACGGAGAUGAGAAGCCAGCGAUGCCGGAGCUUGGAGUAGCGAUGAAUGAAGCUAACAGGAAAAUCAAAGAAGAUUUUGAGAAAAAAACAAAUUUGUUGAAAGAAGUUAUGCAUAUUAUCGAUUGUCGGUGGGGGGAUCAAAUGGAAGUCGAGUUGUGUGGAGCUGCAUUAUUUCUCAAUCCUUCCAAGUACUUUGAUCUCAAGGUGAGUGAUAAUGCAUAUGCUUGUAAGGCACGAGCUAUGUUUAAUGAUGUUCUUGAAAAAAUGGUCACUGAUGAUGAAUUGCAAACAAAGAUUUGUGAUCAAGUCGAUGAUUAUGAUAAUAUGCGGGGAAGCUUUAAAAAACAAUUGGCUAUUAAGCAACAGAAGGUUCUCGACACCAAUGAUGUAGUUCAUUCGGGAGAGGAUCUUACAUUAAGUCAUGUCGAUGAAACUAUGGGUGCAUCGGCCAAUCUUGAACGCCGCAAUAUUCCUAAAAGGGAAAAUAUCGGAGAUACAUCGGGUUCAUCAAUACAAUUAUACUCUAGACGUCCUAAGAAAGCGUCAACUUCGGCAUUGAUGAAGCAAGAAUUAGACGAUGAAGAUGUAUCAUUAGAUGAUGACAUUGAUGAUGAUGAUUUGGAAGAUAUACCUAGUGGUAGUGGUGGACUUGAGCUCUCUGAUUGUUGA